AUACGGAUACAGCUAUGACUCUCGCAAGGCCGCCCAGGAAGAUCUCAGAAAUUGUUUGGAUUAUAUACACCGUACUGCUACAGCUAAAACUGCAAACAUUGCAAAGAAAUAUCUAAAUAUGUUCAAGUCAAAAAGGACUGAGAAUUUUUGGAAAAAACUUGAGAAAGAACAACUGGAUGAUGAUGUAAAGCUUUCUAAGGAAAAGCAUAAUAAGAAGCUUAUCGUUAACGUUUUAUGGGAGCACAAUGUUGUUAGUGAUCUAAUGGCCUCUGAAACUGAACAACAACGCUCCAAUGAUGAUGACCUUCCCAAUGGCGACGACCUUUCCAAUGGCGAUGACCUUUCCAAUAAUGACCUUUCUGAUGAUGAUGACCUUUCCGAUGACCUUUCUGAUGAUGAUGACCUUUCCGAUGAUGAUGACCUUUCCGAUGAUAACAACGAUGAUAACAACGAUGACGUUUCUAACUCAGGAAAAGAUAAUGGAUAUGAGAAUGAAGACGAUGUGGAUGUUGCCGAUUUAUGUAAACCACAUGUGAUGGAAGCUGACACUGGAAAAGCGUUAACUUCAGAUGAAUGGGCGGAAGUACGGAAAAAUGAUUCAAUAAAUUGUUCAAACAAAGAUGAUAUCCCAGAAUAUGAACACACCAUGCGCAAUGUGAUUCCAUUCAUUGACGCAUCAAUCAGAGAUUUCCUGGACUACAUUAUACGCUAUUUUGAAAGUACGCUUCGCGCCACAGCAAUACGUCGCAACUUGGGUGGAGAUCCUACAGAGCGUGCGCGAAUGGGAUAUAGAGUAGAUGUUCUUGUCAAGUUUCAUGGCCUUCAUUGGAGUCCUGACCUUGCAUGUGGCGAGAUAUCAGGUGGACUCCCGAGGUGCUCUCGUGCCAAAGAGUGGAUAGAUACACUUAAGCUCAGCUGGGAACUGCGCGAUGUGUGGGCUCUGGCUCAAGAUCAGCUAAAUGGAGUAGAUGCUAGUACUUUGGUCGUAUGGGGCUUUACUGUUAUUGCCCGCACAAUUCGUAUUUACGCACUUGCAUCUGCUGGUGGUUUGUUCCACCUCAUACUUGCUUAUGAGGCACCUCUACCUUCAUCUAAAUGGGACAUUCGUAACACCGAAAUUGCUUAUUGCACCAUGUUGGGAUUUUUUCAAAAGUUGAAUACUACCAAAAAGAUGCUUGUCGAUCUAAACGAUGAAAGAAUAAAAAUGUUACGCACUGGA